AAAGGGGGCGGGCAGACGGCAUUGGAAAGCGCCGGAAGUGGUCUUGCUGAGGAGGGGUGGGAGAGCGGUGGGCCAGGCAGCUCACUUGGUUGUAGCUGGGCGCCUCGGUAAGGCGUACUUUCACUUCUUUCCGAGAGCCUUGCCCAGUGUCUCCGCCUCUGUCAACAUGGAUUUCAGGGAAAUUCUCCUGAUAGCUUCCAAAGGACAGGGUGUCAACAACGUGCCGAAAAGGUACAGUUUGGCAGUGGGGCCUCCCAAAAAAGACCCAAAAGUUAAGGGUGUCCAAUCUGCAGCUGUUCAGGCUUUUCUCAGAAGAAAAGAGGAGGAACUCAGGCAAAAAGCUUUAGAGGAGAAAAGGAGAAAAGAAGAACUAGUGAAAAAGCGAAUUGAGCUAAAACAUGACAAAAAGGCAAGAGCUAUGGCCAAGAGGACAAAGGAUAAUUUCCAUGGUUACAACGGGAUUCCCGUUGAGGAAAAGUCAAAGAAGAGGCAGGCGAUGGAAAGCCACACUAGCCAGGGAGCAGAACAAGAGUAUGAGAUGGAAGAAGAAGAUGAAUUCUUAGAGUACAAUCAAGCAGAGUCAGAGCAAGAGUAUGAGGAGGAGCAAGAACCUCCCAAAGUUGAAACCAAACCAAAGGUCCCCCUUAAAAGUGCCCCACCACUCAUGAACUUCACUGAUCUACUCAGGCUGGCUGAGAAAAAGCAGUAUGAACCAGUGGAGAUCAAGGUAGUGAAGAAAACAGAAGAGCGGCCUAUGACUGCAGAAGAACUUAGGGAGCGAGAAUUUCUUGAACGGAAACAGAGGAAAAAGAGAGCUGAGACAGACGCAAGACUACCUCCAGCCAAAAAGGCACCCUCUCAGAAAGAAAGCGUGGGCACAAAACUUAGCAAGCACCCUUCUUCCAGGGGUACACCCCUUCCUCAUGCUGAGAAGAAAUCUAGACCCAGUACAGCCAAUGAAAAACACUUAAGUGUGUCUUCAUCCAAAUCCAUGCCAGGAGAGAGGACCAAGGUGGGAUCUGGCAAUUGCUCCCAGCCCUUACUUCGUGAGGGCCAUGACAGACCUGUUUUCAAUGGGGCCGGAAAGCCCCACUCCAGCACCUAUUCACCAAGUGUCCCAAAGACUUCUGCUAAAGGGCCUCAGAAAUCUGCUACUGAGCACAAAGCCAAAAAAUCUCCUCCCCAUCCUAGCCAUUCCAGGCCUGGGCCUGUGGUCACCCCACACAAUAAAGUUAAAAGUCCAGGUGUCUUCAGGCAGCCAGGCAGCAGCUCCAGCUCAGCUCCCGGGCGGCCCAGCACAGGGACCGCUCGGCCCACAGUUAGUUCUGGCCCCGUGCCCAGGCGCCAGAAUGGCAGCUCCAGCUCAGGACCUGAGCGAUCAUUCAGUGGGACCAAGAGGCCAGCCGGUGACUUAAAGCUCUCUGGACGGACACUCAGUGGUACGAGUGGCCCUGGGCAUCCUGCGAACAGCUCAAGUGGCCCUGGGCGACCCACCAGUGGCUCAGGUGAUUCUAGGAGGUCUCUGGGCAGCUCUGGUGGCCCUGGACGGCCUGUGAGCAGUCCACAUGACCUCCGACGAGCAGUCAGUGGCUCUGGCCUCCCUGGGCGGCCAGUCAGUGGCCCUGGGCGGCCAGUCGGUGGCCCUGGGCGAUCAGGAAGUGGCUCAGUGCCAGCUGGACGGACUGUCAGUAAUUCAGGCCCUGGAAGACCAGUGAGCAGCCUGGGACCUGGGCGAACAGUUAGUAGCUCCGGUCUCCCCCUAAAACCCAAGUGUACUGUUGUCUCAGAAACAAUUUCUUCCAAGAACAUAAUUAGCCGAUCCAGCAAUGGACAGAUGAAUGGAAUGAGGCCUGCCUUAUCUGGCUACAGAUCUGCCCAAGUUUCUCAAAGGCUUCCCUUCCCUAGUGGUUACAAAAGGCAGCGAGAAUAUGAAGAGGAGGAAGAUGAUGAUGAAUAUGACUCUGAAAUGGAAGAUUUUAUCGAAGAUGAAGGAGAACCUCAGGAAGAAAUCUCAAAGCACAUUCGAGAAAUCUUUGGCUAUGACCGAAAAAAAUACAAAGAUGAAAGUGAUUAUGCCUUACGUUAUAUGGAGAGUAGUUGGAAAGAGCAGCAGAAGGAAGAAGCAAAGAGUUUAAGACUAGGUAUGCAAGAGGACUUAGAGGAAAUGAGACGUGAAGAAGAAGAAAUGAAGCGUCGAAAGGCCAAGAAGCUGAAAAAGCGUUAGCUGCUGCUUUUAUUAUUUUUGUGAAAUUCUGGAGACACUCUGCUGCAAGGUCCUGCCUUCAGAAUGAAGAAGCCCCUUUAUGAUUUUAAUUUAUACUUGGGUACUCAAGGAGAAGGAAUGCAUACUGUUAUUUGCAGGCUGUCGUUGGAGCAUAAAGUAGUUCCAGAUCCUUUCCAGGGUUAAACCUAAUACAGAUGGUAGCAUGCCCAGCGAGUGCUCUUGUUGAAGUAACUGUUCACAGGUGCCAGCCUUGACCCUGACGAGCUAUGCACUCUCAUAGGGGGCCGCUCAUCUGUCAGCCAAUCGUAUAUUUGCCACUUUGAAAAGGAAAAAAAAAAAAAAGGAUUGCCCCU